AAUAUACCUCUAUAUAUUAGAAUAUACCUCUAUAUAUUAGAACAUAGAAAACUAAUCAAAAACAUACCUCUAUAUAUUAGAACAUACCUCUAUAUAUUAGAAUAUACCUCUAUAUAUUGGAAUAUACCUCUAUAUAUUAGAAUAUACCUCUAUAUAUUAGAACAUACCUCUAUAUAUUAG